GGCGAGGACAAUCCCUGCCGUGCCCACGAGGGGGAGCCCGAGACACCUUCCUCCCGACGCGGGCGUCCUCGAGGAGCCGGGACCUGGGGCUCCCUCCCAGCUUCGGUCGCCCCGGGCUCCGGGAGAUGACGGGGCCAGGAUGGCUGGACAGAGAAGGCGCAGGCCUCGGGACCGGCGACUGCACCUCUGCUUCUACCCACGCGCUGCACAUACAUUUAAACACAACGUAUUUUUUCCAAAACGUGGAGCACACUUUAAAUAGACGAAGCGAACAAGUUAAACAGCAGCGGCCAGGCGAGGGCGCAACUGCAGAGAGACGGGCAGCCAAGGAGGAGGAAGGGGUGACAGGGCGCGUGACCGCCAGCGUCUGCGUGGCUGAGGUGAGUGCGUGAGGUCGUCCCGAGUGCGGCUCUGCGCCCCACGGCGACGCCGUCCUGGUCGCGGUCACCUGAACACACCCUGGCCUCCGUCCGGGCGCCCCUGCGCAUCCUCCUGCUCCGGAGGGGGACGGGGACCGGGCCCGAAGCUGCACCCCACCUUCCCCUAAACGUCCUCUUUCCAAAAAUGUCACAAUAACGGCGUUCUCCUUUUCCUUCUUUUUCUUCUUCCAGCUCUGUAAGUGGCACACUCAGCAAUUAAUCCCCCAAAUUUCCUAUUUUAUUUGAAAAAAAGCGUCCCGAAAGCCAUACAAAUUUCCCCUAAACAUGAUUAUUUGCAUCCAGCAAGUUUCUACAUGAACCACCAGGUUGUCUCUAAAUAUUUUGUAACUUCUAUUUUUAAAAACUCUGCACCUCAUAAAUUAUGUUGAAAUCCUCUUAAGAGAUGAAGGGAGGGAAGAGGGGGAGGGAAUAAAGAGAAUUGAGCUGUGUUAUGUAAAUGGACCUGCCCCCCCCCCGUGAGGAAUGUAAUCACUAUGUACUGUACACGUGUACAGCACUAACACAGAUAAAAAUUAGAAAUUCAAAUGUGUAGAUUUCAAUCUUUGAGUUCUAUUAUCUCUUGGAGGCAGAAGAUCUAAUUUGUACUAUGUUAAAUCUGUGUAAUAGUAGAGAUUUUAAUAAAUGAUCAAUUUUUGUAAAUGCUUCACAUGCUCUUGAAAAGAACAUGGGUUCGGUCCCACCAAUAAUCAAUAUAGGAACCUCAGUACCAUCGGACUGCAUUGAUGACUUAUCACAUGUUAAUUCACUGACUACUGCAGCAGCUCUAUGAAUUAGACAUAUUCCCUUUUAUUCCUUCAAUGAUGCAAUUUUUGUCUGGUUGUCUCUAGGUUUCGUUUUUAAUUCUUAAAAUCUUAAUUGAUACAUAAAAAUUGUGCACAUUCACAGGGUGGCAUGUGGUGUUUCAGUACGUGGAGGCAUUCCGUAGUGUUGGAUAGCUGUCUCCUCAGACAGUGGCCGUUUCUAUAUGGUGAAGACACUGAGCAUCCUUUCUUCUGUUUUUUCUAAAUAUACAGUGCACUAUGGAUAUCUACAGCCACCCUCCUGUGUGCACCAGAACUUCUUGCCCCUAAGGAACCAUAACUUAGUAUUCAAAGAUUUGCCUUUUCUUCCCUUCUUCCAGGCUGCUCCCCCAGCAUCUGGGACCCACUGUCUUAGUUACUUUCUCAUUGCUGAGACAAAAUACCUGACACGCAUAAGUUAAAAGGAGGAAAAGUUUAUUUUAGCUUAUAGUUUGUAGGAGUUUCAGUGCUUAGUUUUUAGUUGGCUGGCUCCAAGACAGGGUGAACGGCAGAAGGGAAUGACCGAGAAGAAACAGUCCAUGGUAGGGUAGACAGGAGGCAGCAAGCAGAAGCAGCCUUUAUAUUCCCUUCUGUCCCUUUAUAUUCCAGGUAUGAGCCAACUAGUUGGUAUUACCCACACCCAGGGUGGACCCUCCGUUAUCCACACCCAGAACUGUGCUAAACCAAUUUAGUUAUCACACACUCUUGUUUUGUUUUGUUUUUUGGUACCAGGGAUUGAACUCGGGACCUUGUGCCUGCGAGGCAGGCAACGGAACCACUGAGCUAAAUCCCCGGCCCCCCAUCACACACUCUUAAUGCCAGUAUCUCACACCCUAGAUCCAGCAGCGCUGAAAAGCCCCACCGGUUAGCACAUGAGGCUCUGUGGGGGCAUCUAGACACAAGGCCCAAUGUCUACUUUUCUACCCUCGACUUCUAUGAGAUCAGCUUCUUCAGAUUCCACCCGAGGGAGGUCCUGUGAGGCUCCUCUUUCUGGGCCUGGCUUAUUGCAGCUAACACAACGCCUUCCUGUCCAUCCACUCCAUCAGAGAUGACCGGCUUCCUGUCUGUCUAAGGGAAAUGUAUCUAAUGGAAUGCAGCUCACAUUUUCUCUACCCUUUCCGUCCUGGUGGACACUUAGGCUGUUUCUGUUUCUUGGCUGCUGUGCAUGGUGCUGCAGUGGACACAGGGGUAUGGGGUCUCCCACGCACUGCCUUCAUAUCACUGUAGCGGGAUGGCUGGACUGUGUGCUGGGUCCUCUAUGGUUUAUCUUUGCAGGGCCUCUGCGCUGUUCUUCACCGCAGCUGUUCUGACACUCACUGGCAUCGUUCGAGGGUGUCCUCUCCACUGAUCCUCAGUGCUAAUCUGUGUCUUUUUAGUAACAGCUGUUCUCCCCGGAGCCACAUGAUGUCCGCUCAUGAGUCCGACUUGCAUUUCCCUGAUGACGGAUGAGGCUGGAACGUACUCAUGUGCCUGACAGCCAUUUGUGUGUCUUCCUUUGCAAAAUGUCAUUCAGGUCUAUUGCCUGUUUUCAAAUUGGGUCAUUUGAAGCUUUUUGCUAUUGAGUUGUCUGAGUUUCUUUUGUAUUCAGGUUACCAGGAUUUGCAGGUGUACAGUGUGUAAGCAUUUCCUCACAUUCUGCAGGUUUCCUCUUCUGCUUUUUGACAAAAUUUUAUUUUGCAGAAGCAGCCAAGGUACAGAGAGGUUGAUUAACAGCCCAGAGUCACACAGCUUGUAACCCGCAUGGCCCCUGGGGCUGUGUUCAAUGACCCUUACACUCCUGGGCGUGGUGUGGGUCUCUGCCCACCCGGCCUGCAUCUGGGAUUGUUCUUGGCACUGCUGCUAUGCAUCAGGCACCGACCCAGAUGCAGAUGCAGUGACGGGAGUCUUCAGAGAAGACUGGGAAGCAGGUAGUGGGGACCUCAGAUGGGAAAGAAUAGCAGUCAGGGAAAUACAGCGUUCACGACAGGCACUGCAGAGAGAGCAGGCGAUGAAUGGAGGGUGAGAUGGGGGGGGGGUGACUUCACAGGAGGGCUGGUGAGACUCAGCCCUCCGGUUUUCUCCCUCCAUGCCCGCUCAGGCCUGGGACUCCGCCCCUUACACAGGACUGGGUGAGCCGUGCGCCUUCGUGGGCUCCCAUCAGUGCUGGCCAGAAUCACCACCGCUGCCUGGAGAAGUUGUUCCUCCCUGCAUUUGGGUGCAGCGGACACGAGAACCCGCGAGGCCGCCUAGUUCUGGCCCCAGGAUCGCACAGGUGUUCAGAGGCCCCGCCCCGCCUCGCCCUUUAUUCUGACGCCCGCCCGCGUGCCUCAUCUGCGCCCACGGUCCUGCGGGUCUCAGGGCUGCGUCCUGCCCACCCAGUCCCUGCGGGGCUUCGCUCCUCCUGCCCUCCCUGGUCCCCAGUGUGGCCGAGAGAAGGCAGGGCCCGUGUGGUCAGCGCGGGCUGCGUGCAAGGCAGGCGCGGCGGGAGCGCCGGGCCUCACUGCUCCCCAGCCUGCUCCUCUCAGGUGUCUGAAAAGUGCGCCUGCGCACGAACCCCUCCCAGGCCCUCCUGCCGGCCCAGGAAACCGCAGCCCUGCCUCUGGCCUUAGGAGGCUGCUCUGUAGAUGCCUCGUGCUCGGGGAAUCGUGCAGCACUUCUUUGUCUGCGUCGGGCUUACGUUUCUGCACCUGCUGAGAUUCCUUCUGUUCUCCAGGCUGCGUAGCGUUCACUCUGUGUAGCACCAGGUUCAGCCGCCCAUCCGUCCAUGGACAUUUCCAGUUUCUGCAGCCUUGCGCUUGUGAGUGAUGUUGCAAUCAAUGCGCAUGGAGUGUAGCUCUGUCUUCGACAUGCUCGUGCCGUUUCCUUUGCACACACAAUGGGCAGGGGGAUUGCUGGGUCCUGCAGUAGUUGUAUUUCUCAUUUCUUUAGGGAUCUCCUUUCUGUUUCCCACAGCAAUCGCAGCGCCGUGUUCCCACCAGCAGUGUGCCAGGGACCCCGCUUCUCCACAGCCCAGCUGGGAGAGCUGGGAGGAGGGCUGGGCAUUAGGAGAGUCUGUACGUGCGGACACUGACCCUGGGCGCCUUCUGAAAGUGUGACCCAUGGCAGGAUGUCUGGUGUGUCACUGUCUCCCGGGACUCACAGAGAGCACAGUGCUCACCCUUGCAGCAGGGUUCUGUGGUUUCCACUUUGAGUUUGAGGAACUUGCCUUUCGGUGUCGCAACCCCCUGCCCAGGACUGACUGCCCGGGCCUGCUUGGUGGACUCAGAGCUGCUUGCUGUGUGGCCGUGCUCGGUCCUGUCCUGUCCUGUCCUGCAGGUUCACUCAGAGCGCCCUUCCGCCACAAGGCUCCCUCUGUGCCCCUGGGCAGAGCAGGAAAGGAGAGGGUGAGGCCGCUUCCUCUCUGAGUGAGGCGCUGGGGCAGGAACCCGGCCCGGGCCCAGCCAGUACCUCCUGCUCCUGUCUGCGCAGGUGUCUCACUCCGGGCCAUGGCCCCGCAGCCCACCGCCCUCCUGGCUCUGGGGCUCUGCCUCGGCCCCGUGAUCCAUGCGCAGGACGGGCCCCUGCCCAGACCCUCCAUCUCUGCUAAGCCAGGCCCCAUGAUCACCCAGGGGAGCAACGCGACCAUCCUGUGCGAGGCAGCUGCUGGGUUUGAAUUAUUCCGCCUGGAGACUUGUUUUGCCCAGAGUUGUCUCAAAGUUAGGGAAGAGAACAGUUUGUCUUGGAAGACAGAAGCCAGGUUUAUCCUCAACUCAGUGAACACAGACAUUGCUGGGCAUUACAGGUGCAUCUACCGGAAAUCGGGCUACUGGUCUCCGCGCAGUGAGACCCUGGAGCUGGUGGUGACCAGUGUGGAUGCCACCCAGGCCCCCAGGCCCCCAGUCUCAGACUCCACCUCCCCAAGAGCCACGCAGAUGCCAGGGGGCAACAGUCACAUGGCUGCCAUGCCCGGCCUGAAGGCACAGCCCCUGUACAUCCUCGUGGGGGUCUCUGCGGGCUUCAUCGUCCUGCUGCUCCUGCUCCUCCUCUUCUGCCUCCAUCGCCAGUGGCAGAAGAAACAUGGGGCCCCCAGCAGCAGGGACCAGGAGCAGAGGCCACAGGAGAGGGCCAGCCUGGCUGUGGACAGCCCAGGGAGGGCAGCAGACUGGGCCACAGCUGACCAAACUCUUCAGCAGGGCGGAGAGCAGAGCACCUCUACCCCGCUGCAGGGCCCCCAGGAAGUGAUGUAUGUUCAGCUGGACCAUCGAGCCCUGGCACAGAGGGGGACCCAAGCAGUGUCCCCACCGUCCACGGCACCCCCUGAAGGGUCCAGUACAUAUGCCGUCCUCGCCAGACGCUGACCCUGCCCGCCUGGCUCCUGCCCCCGAGGACUCAGGAGGUCACUCCGGAAAGGCUGCAGCCCCAUUGGAGGACUUCCCCUUGGGAGCUCCCAGCUCUCCUGGGGCUGCAGCUGGAGCCCAGAGGUCUCCACACCCAGGUCCCUGCUGCUGCUUCCAGGGACCCCUGGCUGUUUCCAGGGACCCAGCGACAGACCCUGGCUGUCUCCAGAGGCCCGGACAGGGCCGCUCAGCUGAUUCCCUCACCUGUGCUGCAGUCGCAGCCCCGCGCGUCUCAGGGAACCGCUCUCCCACAGACUUCUGCAGACCUGCCCAGCGGACCC